GCAUCCCAAUAUAAGUAGCCAAAGUGGAGCAAUAUGCCUAGACAUCCUGAAAGACCAGUGGAGCCCAGCGCUAACUCUCAAGACAGCUCUCCUUUCUAUACAAGCAUUACUCUCUGCUCCUGAACCUGAUGAUCCACAAGAUGCAGUUGUUGCACAACAGUAUCUCAGAGACCAUCAGACCUUUGUUGGCACAGCUCGUUACUGGACUGAAACAUUUGCGAAAACACUUGGCACCGAGGAGAAGAUACAAAAGCUUGUGGAAAUGGGGUUUCCAGAAGCUCAAGUGAGGAGUACUUUGGAAGCCACAGGUUGGGAUGAAAACAUGGCACUUGAAAAGCUGUGCUCUGGCUAGCACCUUUCAUACUGCAACUCAUGUUUUGGAUGUAGAAGAUUAUAUCCUGUCAUCAAAAGCUGAAUGACCAAAAAAAGUCAUUCAUUCAUACUGUUACUUGGGCAACCUUGUUUUGGUAUCUUUUAUGGUUUGGGGUCGACGUCACAACUCGUGAACAUUCUGAUGUCAUUUUACAAUAUCAAGCAAAUUGCAUAUUAGUUUAUGAUAGGAAGUGCAUUUGCAUAUUAGCUUGCAUCAUGCUUUCUUCUUUUGUAAACUAAUUCUGCAAAGUUAAUAUAUUACAUUUUUGGCCAUAA